AUGUCUAAUUUUCGCUAAAACGAAAUUCCCCAGUACGAUGAAUUCGAUCCUGAUAAUUUGGAUAUGGAUGAUAUUAUAAAAAGAAGGUGGAAAUCAAAGAGUGGAAAAGUAGUUGGAUUCUAAAAAAAUAAUGGCUUGCCAUCUUUUAAAAAACAAUUUUUAGAUGUAAAAUUUAUGCUCUAUUUUCAGCCACAAUAAUUGGCAAGUCAACCAAUGCCAGAGAAAGUCAAAGAUUUCUUGAAGGCAAACGAGAUCGCCAUAAAAGCAAUUGAUGGUCAACCCUGCCCCUAUCCAUUUCUAACUUGGGGAGGUACAUAAUUUCCUCCGCAAAUUUAAAAUGUAAUAGAUGGGCUCAAUUUUCGAGCUCCUACUCCUAUUUAAUCAGUUGUGUUCCCAUUGAUUUUAAGUGGAUACGAUCUCAUCGGAGUUGCAGAAACAGGAUCAGGCAAGACAUUUGGGUAUUUGUUGCCUGGCCUUAUUCAAAUUAAAUGCCAAAAUUACGGAUCUAAUUUUAGGAAUAGGAUAAAUGGCCCGGAAAUACUUAUUCUAGCCCCAACUAGGGAAUUGGUUAUGCAAAUAGCAUAAUAAGUAAGCCUUUUUAUGAAGCCCAACAAUUUAACUGUCGCAACUGCAUAUGGUGGAUAAAACAGAGAUUAAUAGGCAUAAUAAAUAAAAAGAAACCCUGAUAUCUUGGUUGCAUGUCCAGGUAGAUUGAAGGACUUUUUAUAAGAAGGAAUUUUAGAUUUAUCGAAAGUGACUUAUCUAGUAAUAGAUGAAGCUGAUCGAUUAUUGGAUAUGGGAUUUGAAGAUGAUGUUAGAUUCAUAGUUUAGAGGACCAGAUAAGAUAGACAGACUGUUUUCUUUUCUGCAACUUGGCCUAAGGCAGUAAGGAAUUUAUCACUUGAUUUUUGUGCAGAGGAUCCAAUAUAUGUAUAAGUGGGUAGAUCGAAUCUUACAGUAAACAAAAAUAUAGAUUAAGAAAUCAUUUGUUUAUAUAAUAAUCAAAAGUUAUAGACUUUAUUAGAUAUUUUGGAUCAAUUGAAAAUUAACGACAAAGUUCUUAUCUUUGCAGAAACUAGAAUUAGUUGUGAAUAACUAUCGGUUGAUAUGACUUAGGAGGGAUAUUACGCAGUUGCACUUCAUGGAAAUAAGACACAAGGCCAAAGAGAUUCUAUUAUGGAAUGCUAUAAGAAAGGAGAUACAAAGUUACUCUGUGCCACUGACUUAGCCUCAAGAGGGUUGGAUGUAUCUGAUAUCACUGUUGUGAUCAACUAUGAUUUCCCCAAAUAUUUUGAUGACUACAUUCAUAGAAUUGGUAGAACUGGAAGAGCCGGUAGAAAAGGAAGAGCCAUUAGUUUUUUUGCUAUUGGUAAAGAUUAACCCCAAAUGGCAAGGGAGUUAUUAAAGUUUGAUAAAAUAAAUAAAAUGAAAUUAGAUGUAUAAACUAUGUAAGAUAUCUCCAAUGGAAUAAAAUUGGAAAGAAAUACUAAUUUUCAAGGAGUUGCCAAAUAUGGUGGUUAGAUAAUGACACAUUAGAACAAUUCUAAAUUUGUUGUUCCCAAUUUAUCAUAGGAAGAAUAAGCUAAAUACUUUUUGCAGCCUCACCAAUUAGAAAAUAUUCAUAGUAAAGGUAGAUAAAAUCAUGGAAGAUAAGAUUAACCAAGAAAUAAUAAAGGAUAUUAACAUAAUAACCGUAAUAUUUAAGAAGAGCAAUUUUAUCAAAACAAAUAUCAAAUGAAUAAUUAAUAGAGAGGAUAGUAACACAAUCCAUUCUAGAAUUCAUAUAGAUAAGAAGAACAUAACAACUUUCAAGGAUAGCGAAGACAAGAUUAUUUAGACGAUGGAAGGAAUAAUGGUAGACAAAAUUUCUAAAAAAAUCAAUAGCCUAGAACUGGACAUCAAGACUCAGAUUAUCAUAGAAAUGAUUAGAAAUGGCAUAGUAAUUAAUAAGGAGAAUAAGAGAGAUAUUACGACAAUCGAAGAGACCAUUAUAAUCCACAAAGAGGAGAUAAAAGUGAUUUUUAGUACAGGUAAGGUUAAUAAUAAUAAGGAUUUGCUCCACAAAAUAGAAAUGUGUGGUAGAGAGAGUCAUAAUAAAACUCAAGACCUCAAAAUCCUUAUGAAAACGAUUAAUCUUAUAACAAUUAAAGAGGAUAUCCAAAUAAUUCUUCAAGAAAUAUUAAUUACUAGAGAGAUUAAACAAGAAAUCCUUAUAUUGAUGAUAGAAAUUAGACUAACAGAAAUAACCAUUAAGACUAAAGAGGUUAUUAAUAACCUUAAGAUUAAGGAAGAGGUUACAGAGGGGAUGGCUAAUCUGAUAAUUAAAGAUCUCAGUAUAAUAAUUAGAGAUAACUCGAUAAUUAUGAUAAUAAUAAUAAUCGUAACAGAUUUCCUAUUAAUGAAUAAAGUUAAUAAUAAGAGAAAAUAACUCCUCCUGAUAAUUAUCCAGAGAGAAAUUAGAAUUAUCCUGAGAGAAAUUAGAAUUAUCGAGAGAGAAAUCAGAAUUAUCCAGAGAGAAAUCAGAAUUAUCCUAAUCAAUAAAAUACAAAUGAUAGAUUUUAUUAAGAUGGUAGAUAAGGAAAUAAAAAUUUUGGGCAAUAGAGAAAUUUACAAGAACCAUAAAAUAAUCAAAGAUUUUAGAAUGAAUCCAGUGAUUAUUAAAGGGAAAAUAAUACUAGAAAUUUUAAUAAACCUUAAGAUGAUAUCCAAAACAUAAGGAAAGAUUCAACAUAGUAGCCAGGGCCAAACAUAUAACCGGAUUUUAAUAACUAUAGACCUAGUGAGGAACUAAUAUAGUCAAGAGAUAUGGUCUAAGAUGGUAGGGACUAGGAAAUAAAUCCAAAGAUUUUACCAUAAUCAAAAUAGGGAGAAUUAUAACAUUCUUAACAUUCUUCUUUUAAUCGAUUAAAUGAAAACUUCAAGUAACCAACCCUUGAGUAAAGAUAAUAAUUUGCAUAAAGGCAAGAUUAGAAUAAUUUUGUCGUGGAAAGAUUCCAACAGUAAUAAUAAUGGGUUGACAUGUCAUAGAACCAUAAUUAAAGAACUCUCUUAGAUUAGAAAAUGGAUUAGAUGAUCAGUAAUCAAGAUAAUUAAGCAAAAUACGAUAAUAGAUAAAGAUAGGUUCAAGACAAUUUUAGACUAUCUCAACCAGACGCGCAGAGUUUCAAUAGGAAUGAACGAGUGUUGGAUUAAUAAGAUGACAGUGAGAAUAAUCCAGAUUUCACUAGAUAUUCUAGAUAAGUAGAUGAUAAUAGAAAAAGAUUUGAACUUGAACAAAUACCUAAAAAUAACUAAUAAGAAUUAAACAAUAGUAGGAAGAAUUCUGAUUCCUAAUAAACCAUGAUGUCGGAAUAAAGCAAAGGAGAUUCUUAAAUUUAAUAUUGA